AUGACCGCAGCAUUACUAUAUCGUAUAGUUCCACCCGUUCUGCUCGUGAUGGGUACAUUUGGGAAUAUUCUCACCAUCAUCGUCCUAACACGGCCCGCUUCCCGGAAGACGUCCACGGCCAUCUACCUGAUCGCGAUGGCCUUCGCAGACCUCAUGGUGCUGUACACUGGCCUGCUGCGCUGGUGGAUGAUCCAUUCGUUUGGUAUCGACAUUAGCCUGCUUGGUAACGUUGGCUGUCGUCUGAUAUGGUUCUUCGUAUUCGCCUCCCCUCAGCUGUCUUCAUGGCUUCUGGUAGCGGUCACGUGCGAACGCAUCAUUAGUACAAAGUGGCCUCACAAGGCUGAGAAAGCCAAUAGAGUACAGAAACUUCUCAGGCUGAUGGAUGGAGUUCUGAAAAAAACCCAGACCUCGGGGUUUGGCAAAAGACAACAUGAGCAAAACUCAACAGCUGUUCCGAAAUAG